AUGAAGGACAACUUCAAGGUGUUCAGCGUGGUCGACCUUGCCUCCAUUCCCAGGGCACCCACUAUCUUGCCGAGUUGCCACGUGUUUCGGACCAAACACGAUAAGGUGGGCAGAAUGGUGUCGUUGAAGAAUCGCAUCGUAGCUCAGGGAUGCGCAUAGCGGGCAGGUGGUUUUGACAAGACGUUUGCACCAACGGCAAAGUUCACCUCCAUUCGCGUUCUCGUUGCGUACGCAGCCUCCAGGAGCCACCACAUCAUACAAGCCGAUGUGGACAAGGCUUACCUGCACGGCGUCCUGGAGGAAGAGAUCUACAUGCGCGUCCCAACUGGCAUCGAAGGCUAUGACGGCAAGUGCCUCCGCCUUCACCGUUCCAUCUACGGGCUCAAGCAAGCCGGUCGAGUCUGGAACAACACGAUCAACACCACUUUAGCGAGUCUUGGCUACCACCGCCUCGCCUGCAAUGAAUGCAUUUACAGGUGCACCGACAUUUCAGGUGAUCAUUACAUCGCGCUCUAUGUAGACGACCUCCUCUUCUUCAGUCCCGACCUUGGGGAGAUUGAUCGAGUCCUGGAUCAACUUGACACCCUUUACGGCGUGAAAUGUCUCGGCCCGGCCGAAUGGAUUCUAGGGGUUCAGGUCGUCCAGCAUGAUGAUGGCGGGAUCACCCUCUUACAGUGCCAAUACCUCGUGGACGUGUUGGCUCGUUUUGGCCUGUCCGAUUGCAAUCCCUGCAAAUCGCCAAUGGAGGCCAACCUCCAGCUGUUGCCCGAGAUCGACCCCGAUGAACCCGACAACUCGACCUAUCGUUCUAUGAUUGGCUCCCUCAUGUACGCCGUUGUUGCCACCCAACCCGAUCUUGCACACACUGUGGGGUAUCUCUUUCGUUUUGUUGGCAAAGUGGGGGCAGCACAUCUCGAGGCUGUCAAACACGUCCUUCGGUACAUCAAAGGCUCGCUCAAUUGUAAGGUGCCGCUCCGCUUCCGCCUUACAACAACCUCAGCGGCCUAAGCUUUACUUGCGCGCGGCGCCACGGGCGCCUCUUGACCUUAGUCCUUUUAGUAGUCUUUCUUCGCCUGUGAAUUACACCGUUUGAUCCUUUCAGUUUGGACUUCGGAAUCAGUGAGGUUCAAGAGCGAUCUCGUGCCUUUCAGCUGGUGGCGCAAUAUUGUGGUCAUUUCGUCUCCAACCUCGAGUGGCGUGUUCGUCUACGGAAGCCGAGUAUCUGGGUCUUUUGCAUGCUGCCAAGGAGGCAGUCUUCCUUUGCUCCCUCCUCACCGAGCUCGGCCUGGACACAUCAUCGCCUCGUCGUCUGCUUGGGGACAAUCAAGGUGCUAUCGCGCUCACCCAGAACCCGGUCUUCCAUGCUCGCACCAAACACCUUCGCAUGUUGGAGCACUUCGUUCGGGAGCAUGUUCGGAAUGGAGAGAUCUCGGUCACCUACAUCCCUACCCAUGACAUGGUGGCCAAUAUCUUCACCAAGCCGCUGCCUCGAGUGAUUUUCCAGCGUCAUUGCGACGCUAUUGGCCUUCGGCGAAUUUCAGGCCAAGAGCAAGGGGGGGUGUUGAAGUAA